UCUAAGUUAUACCCUAACGUUACUCUUUGUAAUAAUGUUUACAGAGAUCCAACAAUGCUCACCACGAGUAAGCACGUAAAUCUAUCAAAUGUACAAACAGUUGGAAAUAUGAGUCAGUGAGCGCUGAGCAGACCUCCGCAGAUAUUUACUACAGUCUUAACACAUUCAUAGUAACCGCACAUCUAUGUUCAGCAUCUAAAAGCAGAAUGUUAACAAAUAUAAGCUCCACAGACUUUAACAAACACACAAAUGCACAAAGGACAAUACAUGCAGGCUUUGGUCGAGAAGGGGCGGUGACUGUCGCGAGCAAGUGUUGUAUAAAAGGUGUUGAAAGCAGAGUCAGUGUGAGUGUCCAUGCUGCUGGGAGCCGCUUCACUGACCACCGAAACACAACAGGCUCAUUUAUUAAAGUUACCGAAAUAUGGCGGCUUCCCUGCUGAGGAUAGGACGACUGGGCUGUGUCAAGGCUGACAGCUGGAGGACUUUCAGUAAAGCACCUGCAGCUGUAUCCCUUAGCACAAAAUCUGGGGGUUCCAAGAAGUCGUCAAAAAAGAACAACUCAGACAAAGGCAAGGCUAAAACAUACUUCGAUAUAGAGAAACUUGUCCAGCACAAGUCAUAUGAGUUUCCCAAGAAUGAAGUUUCUCCAGCGGCAGCAACCGCUGCAGCCGCAGAAGCUACAGCAGCUGCAGAGCUCAGACCCUCUGCUGCUGCACCUGAGGCAGUGGCAACCACCCCUGUGGUAGACACCACUCCCAUUACUGAAGUUAUCCCCAAACCUGUCUCAGCAGCUGAAGCUACACCCAUUUUUGAAGCACCUCCCGCUGUCGAAGGAGUCUCUGAAUCUGCCCCUGCAUCUGUAGUUGAAGCUGGCGCUGAAGCAAUACCAAUGGUUGAGCUUGUUGCAGAAGGGGUUGCUGAAGUUGUACCAGUGGUUGAUGCCAAUGCUGAAACUUCAGCAUGUAUAGCUGAAGCCGCUGUCUCUGCAGCUGAAACGGCAGCCCCAGUUAUUAAAGCUCCUGCAGCUGCAGCUCCUGCUUUUGAAACUGCUCCAACUCCUAAUGCUGCUCCAGCAAAACCUCCUGUUGAAGCAGCCCCUGAAGCAACAGGUGCUGAAGUUCCUGUAGAAGCUGCACCUGAAGCCCCUGCUACAGAAGCUGCACCACUUGUAGAAGCUGCCCCUGAAGCCCCUGCUGCAGAAGCUGCACCACUUGUAGAAGCUGCCCCUGAAGCCCCUGCUGCAGAAGCUGCACCACUUGUAGAAGCUGCCCCUGAAGCCCCUGCUGCAGAAGCUGCACCGCUUGUAGAAGCUGCCCCUGAAGCCCCUGCUGCAGAAGCUGCACCACUUGUAGAAGCUGCACCUGAAGCCCCUGCUGCAGAAGCUGCACCGCUUGUAGAAGCUGCCCCUGAAGCCCCUGCUGCAGAAGCUGCACCGCUUGUAGAAGCUGCCCCUGAAGCCCCUGCUGCAGAAGCUGCACCGCUUGUAGAAGCUGCCCCUGAAGCCCCUGCUGCAGAAGCUGCACCGCUUGUAGAAGCUGCCCCUGAAGCCCCUGCUGCAGAAGCUGCACCGCUUGUAGAAGCUGCCCCUGAAGCCCCUGCUGCAGAAGCUGCACCGCUUGUAGAAGCUGCCCCUGAAGCCCCUGCUGCAGAAGCUGCACCACUUGUAGAAGCUGCCCCUGAAGCCCCUGCUGCAGAAGCUGCACCACUUGUAGAAGCUGCCCCUGAAGCCCCUGCUGCAGAAGCUGCACCACUUGUAGAAGCUGCCCCUGCAGAAGCUGCACCACUUGUAGAAGCUGCCCCUGAAGCCCCUGCUGCAGAAGCUGCACCGCUUGUAGAAGCUGCACCUGAAGCCCCUGCUGCAGAAGCUGCACCACUUGUAGAAGCUGCCCCUGAAGCCCCUGCUGCAGAAGCUGCACCACUUGUAGAAGCUGCCCCUGAAGCCCCUGCUGCUGAAGCUGCACCACUUGUAGAAGCUGCCCCUGAAGUUGUCCCUGCUGGAGUCCCUGUAGAUGCAGCCCCAGAGCCUGUGGCUGAAGUUUCUGCCCCUGUGGAGAGUGCAGAGGAGCUGGUGGACCCUGCUCCAGUCAUAGCUGAAGCUGCAGGAGAGGAACUGCAGAUGGAGGCCCCAUCUGAACCAGUUGAACUAUCUGAGGCUCAAAUGGACCCCAUUCAGAAGCUCUUCUUAGACUCCAUACGCGAGUACUCCACAAAAAGCCAGGGUACUGGGGGGCUAGUCGAUGCAGGUUCAGAGUACGAAAAGGCCUUGGCAGAUGAAAUAGCAAAGCUUCAGAGACUAUAUGGUGGUGGAGACCUCACAUCUUUCCCAGAGUUCAAAUUCACAGAGCCCAAGCUGGAUGAAGUCUCCCAGAAGUGAACAUCAGCACUUCGCAAUUGAACUUUUCUAUUGUCACCCUUUUCCUUUAGAUGUGUGCGGUGUAGUGGAACAUUAACAGUCUGUUUGAUGUCAAAGUUGCAACAAACCCUUGCCUCUAGCUUUAUAUCUGAGAAUAGAGCUGUUUCAGUAGCUAGAUAUUUUAUGGGAACAUAAGCUUAAGCACUUUAGAUGUACAUUUUUGGCAGACAAGGUGAACAUUGAUCCAUGGCUGAGCUGUAGAGGAAAUAAUAAAUUCCAGUCCAGAUUUGUUCCUA